AUGGGUCGUCGCCUCGUCGUCCAUGAUGGCUUUACCGCCCCGACCAAGUCCGGGGCUGGUGCCGCCGGGGGCCACGGUCUGGAGCCGGGCCAAGACGAGGUUAUUAAUUGCUUGCGUGGUUGCAGUCUGGAGCCGACGAGAUCAGACGGACGACAGGUCGUCUCCCAGGUCCCCUGCGUAUCUUGGUAUCGUGGAUCAGCCAGCCAGUCAAUGAACAUGGCAGCCGCCGUCGUCACCGACAGCCUCGCCGGCUUCGUGGGCGGAAGGGAACGUUCCCUGCGCAGGACGCUCCCACAUACAUACAUACGGUGCGCGCGUGACGUGGUGGAUGAUACACAGGCACACCCAUCCGUUCUAUCUGACUAA